AUGGCCGCCGAAGAGAGUAAACAGGGUCUGCUCGAUCCACACGCGGCGGACCCUUCCUCCAUGGAUGGCGAAUGGUCGGGGCACGAAUCCUCCGAAGACAUUGAGCUCGAGUCGACCAGCUCCAUCCCCCCGAGGAAGCGAUUCGGCGCCUUUCCCGACGUCUCGGACCGAAUCCAGGUCCUACUGCGACCAGCCGACGGCAGAUCCUGGGGGCGCAUCGCCCUCAUCUCCUUCGGAGCCCUCGUCAUCUUUCUUGUUCUGAGCGGUGGCGGGCUAUUCAGAUAUAAGAAGCACAACAGCACUGACGCUGUCGGCAAACAUGAUCGCAGCUGGUCGCCACCCUGGUAUCCUAGCCCCCGGGGAGGCACUCUUAAAGAGUGGGAAUCAAGCUACCAGAAAGCCUCCGAGUUAGUGUCCAAGAUGACACUGCCAGAAAAGGUCAACAUCACGACGGGAACCGGGUGGAAAAUGGGCCCAGCCGUGGGAAACACUGGUCCGGCCCUGGGUGUUGGCUUCCCCAGUCUCGCUCUACAGGAUGGUCCCCUGGGCAUCCGCCUGGCUGACAACAUCACUGCCUUCCCUGCCGGCGUCACCGUCGGUGCCACGUGGAACAGGGAGCUCAUGUACGACCGCGGCAAGGCACAUGGUCUCGAGGCUCGCGCCAAGGGAAUCAAUGUCAUCCUCGGACCCUCGGUCGGUGCGUUUGGUCGCAUCCCCGCAGGCGGUCGCAACUGGGAGGGCUUCGGGCCGGACCCAUACCUCCAGGGCGUGGCGUGCUCCGAGACGAUUCGCGGCAUCCAGGAUCAGCAUGUCAUGGCCACCAUCAAGCACUUUAUCGCCAACGAGCAAGAACACUUCCGCCAGCCUCACGAAUGGGGCCUCGAGAACGCCAUUUCCAGCAACCUCGACGACCGCACCCUACACGAGAUCUAUGCUUGGCCCUUUGCCGAUGCUAUCAAAGCUGGCGUUGCCAGCGUCAUGUGCUCCUACAACCAAGUCAACAAUUCAUACGCCUGCGCCAACUCCAAGCUCCUCAACGGCAUCCUCAAGGACGAAAUGGGCUUCCAGGGUUUUAUCAUGUCCGACUGGUUGGCCCAGCGCUCCGGUGUUGACAGUGCCUUGGCCGGCCUCGACAUGUCCAUGCCUGGCGACGGUCUCAACUGGGAGGACGGUAAAUCCCUAUGGGGCCCCAAGCUUACUCAGGCUGUUCUCAAUGGCACCCUCCCCAUGAGCCGCCUUGACGACAUGGUCACUCGAAUCGUCGCUUCCUGGUACCAGCUUGGCCAGGAUGACAAGGAGCUCUUUGAUAGAGAGGGUCCCAACUUCUCCUCUUUUAGCAAAGAGAGGAUGGGCGUGGAGGCCCCUGGUAGCCCCUCACCCCAGACCAAGGUCGAGGUCAACAAGUUUAUUGACGUAAAGGAGGACCACGACAAGGUGGCAUAUCGUGUUGCUCUUGAAGGAACCGUCCUUCUGAAGAAUGACGGUAUACUCCCCAUCACCCGCAACGGCGAGAUAGGCCUUGACAAGAAGAAGAAGGAAGGCCGGAAGCUCCGCGUUGGCAUCUUUGGCGAGGACGCCGGUCCUGGCGAUGGGCCUAAUGCUUGCCCCGACCGUGGAUGCAACCAGGGCACGCUGGGCUCUGGGUGGGGCAGCGGCGCCGUCGAGUUCCCGUAUCUCAUCACGCCUGAAGAGGAACUGCGCAAGGGCUUCAACGAGAGUGAAGUUGACGUCUUUUCCUUCCUCGACAACGACCUGAAGAAUCUGAAGAAUGCGACGGCUCUAGAGGAUCGAGACAUCUGCUUCGUGUUUGCAAACUCGGACGCUGGCGAGGGCUUCAUAUCGUGGAAUGACGUCAAGGGUGACCGCAACGACCUGCACCUACAAAAGGGCGGUGACGAUCUCAUCAAGGAGGUUUCUAAGCGUUGCGGCGGCGGAAAGGGCUCGACCAUUGUCGUCUACCAUUCCGUUGGCCCUGUCAUUGUGGAGGAGUGGAUCGAUAAGCGUGAGGUCAAGGGUGUCUUUGCGGCCCACCUCCCGGGCCAGGAAAGCGGCCGUGCGAUUGCGGCGCUCAUAUUCGGCGACGAGGGCCCGAGCGGCAGGCUACCGUAUACCAUGGGACGCACGCUCAAGGACUACGGCAAUACGAUUGGCGUCAUCUACGACACGAAUGAAGAGGUCCCCCAGCAGAACUUCGAAGAAACGCUUUACAUUGACUACCGCCACUACGACAAAUUUCUCGUGCCGCCGCGCUUUGCCUUUGGCUACGGCCUGACGUAUGCACGCUUCGAGCUCAAAGACAUCAGAGUGAAGGAAGUCAAGGGCAAGUCUGCACUUCCCGGAGAGCGACCCCCGCCCAGCGCCACCCCCCCGGAGUACGACGGGAAAAUACCGCCAGCCGAGGACGUCCUGUUCCCUCCGGAGAUCCGCAAGCUCGACAAGUACGUGUACCCGUACCUCGAGUCGGCCGAGAGCGCCACCGCCGCCGGUACUAAGUACCAGUACCCGGAGGGCUACGACGUCGAGGCUCCACUUUCGGAUGCUGGUGGAGGUGAGGGCGGCCACCCGGACCUAUGGGAGACGCACGUCAUCGUCAGCAUCGAAGUUGGAAACGUCGGUCACGUCCCUGGCCACGCCGUGCCCCAGCUGUAUCUGUCGUACCCGCCGUUGUCGGAGGCUCAAGGCGUGGAAUUCCCUAAGAAGGUGCUCAGGGGGUUCGAGAAGGUGUAUCUCGAGCCUGGCGAGUGGGCUACCGUCGACUUUGAGAUCACCAGGCGCGACCUGAGCUACUGGGACGUCAAGCGCCAGAACUGGGUCAUGCUCGAGCAGGGGAGGUAUGUCUUUACUGUUGGUAACCAUGCCAAGGAGCUGCGUCUGCAAGAAAGCUGGUAA